GGCUAAGAUCGUGAAGCUUUCGGGGCCUUCACUCUUGGACAGCCCCCCAUGCAGGUGAUUAGGUAAACUCAAUCUUCUCUGCGGAAAGGGACCCACGAAAAAACCCUGCAAAGGAUGACAAAAUAUGUUUAAACAUGUGUAGGUGUUAAAGGUGUUGGUUGUUCCGUUCUUGAAAACAGAAGGUCAACUUAUUAAAUAUGCACUCAGUGGUAAUGAUCCGAGAGAAAAAUCAGCUGCUGAACAUCUUCAAGCAAUAAUUAUGGUAAGUAACAACUGUCAAUUUCUUCCCAAUGGUGUAUUAUCAACGUAGUCCCAAGCAUCUGCAUGGUAUGCUUUUGAUAUUAAAGGUUUUCGACCGCAACGGGCCUCUGAAAAAGUUAAUUUGAAAAUAUGACGGAAAUAGAAACAUUUCUGGUCAAUAUCCUUUGUAAACAUCUUCAAUUCAAAUACAGUGAUUUUUUAUCCUUAAACUGUCAAUAUGUUCCAAUUAUACAUCAUAAUACAUUAUAAUAGUUAUACAUGUCAGAAUAACAAGAUGACACGAAGUCCCUUUCUAGCCUCCUCCGCAGGCCUCUCUAUGGGUUUUAGUCUGCGAAUGGGUUUUGAGAAAAAACUCACCAAACUUUUUCCGACCACCCAGAUGCGGAGGAGGUUAGUCCCUUUCGAGGUCAACGGCCAUGUAACGUGAUUUCAGGACAUUUUUAUGGAAAGCAACCCAGCAUUUUGUUCUGCGACAGUUCGAUGAAGCAAAGGUCGCGGGUUCGAUUCCCACCGUGGUCAAACAAAAUUUUCAGCUUGCCCGGUGUGGACACAUUCAGAGGGCUUCAUAUUAAACAACUUCACCUAACAUAACACCACAGUAAUUAAACUCAAACGUAAAAUCAGAAACGUGUGGACACAUUCAGAGGGCUUCAUAAUAAACAACUUCACCUAACAUAUUAACACCACAGUAAUUAAACUCAAACGUAAAAUCAGAAACGUAAAUUCGGUAAGCCGCUAGAUAAGUGCAGUACAAAAUGAAGUAUAAACUAGACGAUAGAUAUUAGACGAUUUGUAAAAUUCAAUGCUAAAUACUAUCUGUCCAAUGAACGUGCACAAUGCUGUUUAAUGCAUCUCACUAAGAGGCAUAUAAGUACAAUAUAACAUAUUUUCUCUCCUAUACAGAAACAAUUGCCAACAACAAUAUUACAAAUGCGACUAAGUCACGAUAAACCUGAACAAUUUGAUAAAGAAUAUGGAUAUCUUGGACCUGCUAUAUAUACCAAAGUGUCUCAAUUACGACAAACAAUUAUGACUGCUGCAGCAAAAUCGGGACAAAGACCUUCAUCAGGAUCGAAACAAGUUAUCUUGAAACUUAUGAUUCCAAAUUCAACAUCAUCAGGUUCCGCUCCUACCACGCCAACGACUCCUUCAACCCCUCUUACACCAAGUAGUAGUGUAAUAUCCAUCAGUAGAUCGCUACCAUCACCGGCUGUGGUUUCAGUCAAACCACCUCUCAAAAGCCCUUCUGCAGUUUCCAUAUCUUCCAACCCUGCAACGUUAACCACAAGUACAUCUUCCCUAAACAAAGCUCUGUAACAAGGCUCAGGCUUGUAAAAAUCCCACUAUACGCAUGUCGUUCGGCGAUUUUGCGUAGAAAUGUAAGGUCAGAUCAACGUUAGGUCAGAUCAAUUGUUCACGUACAGGCGAGCAAGUUUCCCUUGACAAGUUCCCACCAACUUACUUGCCUGGUGUGCGACCAGCACAGUCUCAGGGAUAAAUAGAAUCAAUUGUCAAAAGUGCACAAAUAGAUGAUAAUCAUCUAUCUAGGGGAAACCUAACCUUAAUCUAACCUCCAACUCUAACCCCAACUCUAACCCUAAUCUAAUCUUAAUCCAACCCUAAUCUUAAUCUGACACUAAUCUAAACUUGAUGACCUUUUUUUAAACUUAAACAGUAUCAUGAUUUCUCAUGAUAAUUUCCGUUAAAAGCUGCAUCCAACAACAUUGAAAACAGCAGAAACUGUUUUAUACGAUACCACACUUCAAGUUCAAAAAUGAAUUUCAAAAUAAACGAAAUUUAAUGGCUGCUCUAAGACGAGUAUACACAGUGGAUGAGCAUACACAACUUCACAGGAACACUUUCCCUUGAUGAAAAGCUGGCGUGACUUUUGAAUAAAGGCUCCCUGUCAAGGAAAACUUUCCCGCAAUUUUUUCCCUACACACGAACAAAUAACUUGUCAAGGAAAACUUGCUCGUCUGUACGUAGCCUGCGAAAACAGUACGGGGCUAAAACUCUCUACUAUCUCAGAUGAACUGGUCUCAGUGGCAUUGCAGGCUUUUACUAAUAGCGUAAUGCCGUCAUGUCAACCGAGAAUAUGGAAGAGAAACAGUUCCGAAGAAAAAUUAAAUGCUGUAUACCAUACUAUAUAUAUGCAUGAAAAUUCGAUAAUUCUCGAGUUUUGUGACUGUAAAUUUUCGACGUUAUAUAUGUAUGACAGAACACCUAUAUAUAGUCCAAAACAAAAUUAUUCUCUGUCUCAUGGAUGACUAUAGUCUCAAAAGCUCAUCUUCGUUAAUUCAUAUAUUGAAUUCUUCAGAUAACAUUUUUCUUCGGAACUUCUUAAUAUCCUCAUGUUUCGAGCACGAAUAUAUUUCUUUCUGAUCUUGGCGCACGAAACAUGGCGGUAUAACCGUAAUACUAUUCUUCCUAAUACCUAAUGCCCCAUGCAAUGGUCUUACAACUAUAUAAGUACUGUACCAUGUAUUUUACCACACAAUUUCUCGUUUUCCCAAUUUCCACUCGUGUUGAUAUAACUGUAUAUCAACACGGAAAAUGUUUUAUAAUUGUUAAAUGUCAAAUAUAGCUGGAAAUGUCAAAUAUAUAUAGCUUGAAGAAAGUGAUAUUUGAUGUUAUAUAAAGCCCCGGUCAAACGAUGAUAAGAGUCGAGAUUAACAAAAUAAAGGUUUGAUGCAUGAGUGUUCCAACUAUUUUUAAACUUAAAUAGAAUAUAUGCAUGAUAUAUUCUUGGGAAAGCAUUAAUUAAGACUGCUAACUCUCGUGCACUCUCAUCCUCGUUUGAUCUGGGCUUAAAGUGUCGUGCGACGUGUGCCUCGGCCCUCUAGGGAAACGUCGUUCAUAUUGCCAUAGUCAUAGACAUAAUAGAUAUCUAUUAUUAUACAAUAGAUAUCUAUAAUGUCUAUUAUUUCUAUGGAUAUUGCAGACUGACUAUUUAUAUCAAUGUCCAAUGAUUUAUCAACCGUUUGGUCAGAAUACAAAUAUAUAGUACAAUCGUUAGACAUUCACCAAAGAGGAAACCAUCUAACAUUUGCGAAACUAACAUAAUUGCAGUAGACGUUUACAACACUUUUGCGUACUGAACUCGUACAAAAUCGUACAUGGUAAUGACACCUCAGAAACCCCCAAUUCUAUACGCGAUAUGACUGCAAUAAGUCUGCAUGCUAUGUACUAUACGAUUAUCCUCCCACGGCGUUCUUAGAGUGGUGCAGGUCCGAAGCUACAAUUUCAGCAUUCAUUCUGUACAGGCAGAGAUUCUGUUCAUGCAUGCCAAUGAAUUUACGAGGAAAAGCUUAGACCUGGUUCAUCACAACAUAAGAUGAAGAAGUGUGACCAAAGUUACCAUUAAUAGUCAUUUACGUAAUGCAGAGCGGAAUAUCAAAAACUAUCAACAUCAUGUCACCAUCACCUCAAGGCUUCAGUACUACUUGUCUUUCAAGUCCGUUACCACUUUUAAUCAGCUAAGAUUUGCUAUGUCGUAAUGAAUUAUUUUUGAAGAUCUUUUCGACUACGUUCACACUACACCGGAGCGAAAUAAUGCAGGUGUGACGCAAAAUUCCUGACUUGCGAAAUAUCUGCCCAUGCGCAGACGAUGCGCAUGAACGACUUUGGCUCAUAAAUUUCGCAGCUCAACAGACAACACGUGUAUCUAUCAUUUAUCAAAGUCAUUUUAUUUAUACAUAAAUUUUUAAACAUCAAUUCUACAAUUGAUCAACUGAAUUGACACUAUACCACUGAUUGUGAACGUUAGCGUUCAGCGAUAAUAAAGCUUGAAUCGCAGAUAUGGAAAAAGUCACUCGAAAAGCGCUCUUAGACUUAGUGAUAUAAAAUAGACACCAGUUUCAAGGGUUAUGCUAUAUGAAUUACUAUAAGCACCAAAAAUCGUUUCGCGUUUGACCUUCUCAAUUCUCACUCAAUUUAGCAAGCAGCAACAAUGAGUUCGAGAACUUAAAAAUCGUUUCGACCGAUUGUAUUUAGCAAACGUCGUGUAUUUCGCGGUCACGACCACACAAUUCGCUUUGAAAUUUAAAGUGUUUAUGAUUGAAACUUAACGAUGUCGAUUUGAAAUAUUUAACGAAGUGUUAAGCUACGGAUACACGGGCAAUACUUUUCUGGCGAUGGCAAUGCAAUGGUGGAAAAAUCGUUGCAUUGCCGUCGCGAGAAAGAAAUUGCUUGUGUAUCAUGCUCUGCGACGGCAACGCAAAGCUGCGCGCAAUCGUUGCCGAAAUUUCAAAUCAUUUGAUUUUCGGCAAUGAUUGCCGAAAAUUGGGAGGUGUGGUCAAGGAAGGUCAAGGUUGAUGAAUGACACGUUUCUUGACCAGCCAAUGAAAAGCGUUAUGAAGACAUAUAUUGCAGGUGAAAUAUUGCAGGUGUAGCCACCUUGUGGGAAGGCAGCGCAAUGCUGUUUAUAUCACCCAUUGCGUAACCAUCGCAGCAAAAAUAUUGCUCGUGUAUCCGAAGCUUUAGAAAUUAACAUCAUGAUUAUUUUAUCUAAACUCUAAAAAACAGUUUUGGCCGACAUAGAAUUUAGCAAGCGUCAUGUAUUUCGCGCCUGCAAGCGCGAAAUUUCUGACCGGUUAAGGUAGUCGACAGCGCGACGCGAUUUUUUAGUUUUCGAAAGUUAAUAAAACAGCCAAUGAGAACAAAUUUUGAAAGAUAUGUAGACCAAAUAACUUAAAAUGUUAUAGCGCUUCUAAAUAUUUGGAAAAUUUAAACUAGGAUCAAAGUUAUCGGUCAGUGAAAAUCGAAAAAUCGCGUCGCGUUGUCGAAUCGCGUCCGGUGUGUCUGGACCUUUACGCUUGGUCAGGUAUUUCGCAGAGAUCAGGAAUUUCGCUUGAUACCGGCAGAAUUUACGUGUGCACGCCCUUACAGUUUGCCUAACCAAAGUUGCCGAUUCAUUAACAGUGCCACAGCGUGCAUGUUGUGUCUGCAGUGGAAAACAAGUGGUUUUCACACAGCUAGUAUAGAGUGUUUUGUUUUGGAAGAGAUGUACCAAAGUAGUCUCUUUCCACCAUGCGUUUAAAAACUCUGCGAGGUACAUGAUAAUCUGGUAUUGAAGGAGAGCUUGGUACAAACAUUCUUUCUGAGCAUCUGCUGCUUCGACCAGUAUUGCAGAUGUUGGAUUUUGUGGUUGCAGGUGAUAAAUUGUGACCAACCAUGUGCUUCUUGUGAAAGUUUACUUUCUUGUCCACAUGGGAAUGUAAAGUUAGUGGUGCUGAAAA